GCCCUCUCCUUUGACUAAGAUUUUGGCGGGGUUGGGCCCCGCGUGCCAUGGAUGUCGCGCGGCAUGCUGCCGCGGGGCUCCGUGGGCCUGCAGUUGCCGAGAAGUAAAACGGGGCCGACGGCCGCACCUACGCUUCGUCAAAAUGAGGGGCCGCGGAUGCCGUCGCUGAAGGGCUCCAUCGUCAUGGCCAUGAAGCCCAAGCAGCGCCCGCAGCCGCCGUGGCGCCCGGCGGGGAAAGCGCCCAAACCCGUGCCACGGAAGGUGGCCCCCCUGCCGAACCGCACGCUGCCGAAGAAGACGGGCCCCAGCUCGGCCCCUGGCAUCGUGCCGCUGAAGGGCUCCGUGGCCCUUGCGAAGGCCGGGCCAAAAGCCGCCAAGAAGAAGGUCCCAGGCCCAGCGCUGCGCGGCUCGGUGGCGCAGAUGCUGAAGGCGGCCAAGCCCCUGAAGGCCCCGGUGAAGGUGCGCCCAGUACGCCCAGUCCGCCCGCCGGCGCCCAAAACCGCGGCAACCGCCGGGAAGCGCACGCGGAACCUGCCGGACGCCUGGGAAAGCCUGAAAAAGCGGCGCCAUGACAAGCCCAUGGAGGACCUGGAGUUUCCCUCAGCAGAGCUCGAGGAAGAGUUUGAAGAAGUGGAGGUAGAGGUGGAGGAAGUCGUCCACAGGAACCUGAAGCCGAAGCAGCGGACCCCACAGCCGCCGCCGCCGCCGAAGCCGAAGCGGAAGAUUGUCUUCAAGGAGGUGAAGGCCCGUCUUGUUCACAAAGACCAGCAGAACCGCUUCUGGGAGUCCCUUUGCAGCCUCUCCGUGGCGAAUGUCCAAGGAAGACUCCGGGGAAGCAUCCAGACCAAGUUGUCAGGGCACGGCCUGCUGGAUGAGGACUUGGCGCAGUUUGUGAGCUGGCUGCGGAUGCAUCCAAGAAUGGGUACCGCCCACAGCUGGGCCUGGCGCAGCGUGGAUGUCGCGCAGAACCAGCUGACCCAAACCAGCGUCACGCUGCUCUGCGGAUUUCUGGACCAGUUCCAGGUGGAGGUCCAAGAGUUCCACUUCGAGGACAACCAGAUCGACGACAUCGGCCUGGACCGCCUGGCGCAGUUCGUGUCCUCGGAGGCGGCGCCCAUCAGGGCCAUCUUCCUGGACAACAACCGGAUCACCGCGCAGGGCAUCCUGUGGCUGCUUGCCCGGAUCUCCUUCCAUCCCAUGUACCCCAUGGAGCAGAAAGCGAACGGGACAGCACUAUCGCGCUACGCGCCUUUGUGGCUGAAGGCAGAUGGCAACGGCAUUACCGAGGAAGACCUGCAAGAGCUCUUCUCCUCCAGCAACUUCCGGCACCUGGGGUGCAGCGUCUGCCUCGCGGGGAGCUGCUCUCCCGGAAACUGCCGCCAAGCGAAGAUGACGAAGAAACACAACCUGGUGCUGCACCUCCACUUCCGAGGCGACCGGCAGCCCGCGCUGCGGCCCACGGUGCUGGCGAGCGCCCUGGCGCCGGCGGGGCCCUCUGCGCAGAAGGUCUUCGAGAUGAACGCGGGGCCCCAGCACUGGCGCCAGCCCUGGCUCGCAUCGGCCGAGGGUAGCAUGCGAGCGGAGCCCGCGAUCCUCUACGAGGACGCGAACUUCAUGAUCAUCUUCAAGCCCGCGAGCUGGCACUGCUGCUCCAAGAUGGGGGGCCCUGCGUUGGUGCAGCGCGCCAAAGCCAUGAACGGGGAGCAGAGGAGGACAUGUGCCAAGCAGCUGCUGGCGCAGCAGCAAGCUCCGCCGCUGCACGACUACAUCAUCCUCCGCUUCGGGGCGGACCCCACUUUCAAGGAGGUGUUGAAUGAGCGGAUGCUCUACGGCCUAGUGCACCGCUUGGACGUGGGCACCAGUGGGCCUUUGCUCAUGGCCAAGAACUGGGAGAGCUUCGACGCGGCCAAGCGGAUGAUCGCCCUGCAGCUCACCGUGCGGGACUACAUUGCGUUGGUCCACGGCAGCUUCGGCCAGCACCAGAUCAAGAGCCGCGGCCUCAUCCGCGCACCCAUCGACGCCACGACCUGGGACGCCCAGGGCCGAGUGGUGGUCCACGAGCGCGGCCAGGAGGCAUCGACAUUCUACGAGUGCCUCGCAGAGUACCAGAGCACGGCUGGGUCUCGCUACAGCCUGGUGCACUUCCGAUUGCUCACGGGGCGCACGCAUCAGAUCAGGGUGCACAUGGAGUACCUGGGCUUCCCUCUGGUGGGCGACCGCCAGUACCAGGGUCCGGCCCAGCGCCGGAAGGGGGACUUGGCAGACAGACCGCUGCUGCAUAAGGUCCGAUUCACUGUGCCCACCUACCCGGAGGGCGACCCCGUGGUGCUGUGGACGCCCCUCACCUCCGCGCAGGAAAUGUGCGAGGUGCUGGGCCGAUUGCAGCUGGUGCACGACCCGGAGGGCUGCGGGCUGCAUGAGCUGCAGCUCAACCUAUGAGCAGUCGGGAUCGAGUCUCAAACGUCGCAACGGGCCGGGGCUUGGGGAAACGAAUAUGGC